CAACCACCAAACAAUUGUCCUACGACGAGGUGGUGACUCAGUCCAGCCCCAGCAACUGCACCGUGUACUGCGGGGGGGUCACCUCGGGCCUCACAGAGCAGCUGAUGCGCCAGACCUUCUCCCCCUUCGGGCAGAUCAUGGAGAUCCGAGUGUUCCCGGAUAAAGGAUACUCCUUCGUCAGGUUCAAUUCCCACGAGAGCGCUGCCCACGCCAUCGUCUCCGUCAACGGCACCACCAUCGAGGGCCACGUGGUGAAGUGCUACUGGGGCAAGGAGACACCCGACAUGGUCAGCCCUGUCCAGCAGGUCAGGCAGCUCCUCAGGCGCUAA